AUGAAAUGUGCGAAUCAUGACAAAUUAAAAUUGGAUAUUUCAAAUCAAAUUCGCGCAUUCAACGAUAGGUUUGAAACCCUGAAAAGUAAGUUAUUAUUUAUUUACUUCAUUUAAAAACAUUUUCACAACUUUUUUCCAGAUGAAAAUGAUUCUGCUGGAAUGUUUGAAAUAGUUAAAGAAAUAUCGAAAAUGCUGAAAUAUUCUGGAGAGCUGAAAAACCUCUGGAUAUUAGAUUCGUUGAGAAAAUCUGAAUCAUUUUUAUUGAAAUUUUUGAUUUCUUUGAAUUUCCGAUCGGUUAGCGACACGAAAUUUCCAAUUUAUGAUGUAUUUGUAGAAUAUUUUCCGGAAACUGUACGAGUAUUAGGUAAAUAUUUGAAAUAUAUUUAGGUAAAUUAAACAAAAUUUCAGAAAAUCGAUCAUAUGUUGUUGCAUUCGGAAAAAAUCGUUCAUUUAAUCUUGGAAUUCUUUCGGACGGAUGUCCUAUAGAAGAACCACGUGUUGUUCAAAUUCCAACAUGUAAAAAGAUUGUUAUGUCGAAUUUUCACACAAUAUUUCUGACUUUGGAUAAGCAAGUUUAUGGUUGUGGAAAAUCACAGAAUUUUAUUGUUAACAAGCAAGAUCUUUCAUAUACUCCUCAACCUAAAAUCAUUGAAAUUGGGGAAGAAUCCGAGUUUCUUGAUGUCGCGGUCACUGAUAAAUUUACUGUUUUAGUAUCAAAAAGAUUUGUGAGUUUAUUUUUUAAAUUUAUAUUUAUUUAUGAAAAAAAAACAAAAAUUCAGGUGUAUUUCAUUGGACAAUGCUCUUAUGCUUUUUCUUCAAGGGGAGCUAAAUCAAUUGAUCAAAAUUGUGUUCAAAUACCGUAUUCUGUGAAUACGAAACUGAAGCAUGUUUAUGCUUAUGAAAAAUCAACUGUUUUGGAGUUUGAAACGGAUGACGUCAGAUAUAGAUUAACUGAAAUUUAUGGGCAAUUUGUUAGUCCCGAUUUCAAAUGUGAGUAAGUUCAAUUUUUGAACUUCAAAGAAAAACAUUUUGUUUAGUGGGCGCUCAAAAAUGUAUUGUUAGACUGAAAGAAUCAAUUGAACUUUUGCUUUCCUUGGAAAAUGAAAUUAUUCUGUAUCAACUACCGGAUUCAAAUUUGCCAUUGCCAUUAGAAAUCAUGAUAAACUUGAAAUCGAAAAGCGAUAUAAGACCAAAACAGUUUUUUGUGAAACCAGGAACAAACGAGAUAAUUGUACAAUGCGAAAAUGGGAUAAUUGCGAAAGGUCAUCUUGAAUUUUUGAAAUUGGAAGAAGAUGAAUUUUUGACUUCGAGAAAAGGAAAAGGAAUUAUGGAUGUUUUGAUGAGAUAUCAGCUUAUUGCGAUUUUGUCGGAGAUUCCUGGAACUUUUGGCAGCAAUGUUUUUUGCGCAUCGCCUGAUUUGAAUAAUAUAUUGAUUCAAGUUGGAAAUCAUGAUGAAAACGGUUUGAUUUGUUCUAAAUAAGUAUUUAAAGAUAUUCAAAGUUUUUUAGAAGAGAAAUCACUAGCAGAGCAGCUGACAAUUGAAAGUCAAUCCUUAUCGAAAAAUAGAAUAUCAAGAUUGAUCGAAAAACAAAUUAAAAAUGUCAUUUGGGAAGAUGAAUUGAAAUUAGAAGAUGUUCGUCUGAAAUUUCGUGCCAUUGAGGAAGAAUUGUGUAGGAGAAUUAUGGAAUUUGAAGAUACAACUAUUGAAGACAUCAAAUAUUUAAUAGAAUUUCUAAAUAAUAUUGGAGAAGAAGCAUUAGAUUUCAUCGAACAAUUCAAUUUUCCCUUUGAUCAAUUGAUUGAAAAAUUAAAACUAUACGAACCGGAUUCGGGUAAGAACUUUUGCCCUAAUUAUUGUAUUUAAGAUUCGUUUUUUUUUGCAGAAAUUGAUUUCGAAGAUGAUUUGGACAUUUUGGAUGAAAGUGAGAGAAAAUCAGCAAUUUUGAGAAUAAAUGCGGCAAGGAAAAAUGAUAAUUUGAAUGAUAUCGAAUUGCGAAGAGACAGGUUCAAAUAUUCUUCUAAAGCUGAAGCACGAAUCGAAAAAAUAUCAAAAUUUACAGAAGUCUACGCAAUAUGCAUGAUGUUAUUUCACUUUCGAAUGCUUUCAGAGUUACUGUAGGAAUUGAGAGAUUUGAGGCUACUAAAGAAGUAUUGCAUUUAUUCGAGAUAUUUAUGGGGAUUAUUCGAAGUUUGAUGAAUGGAGAAAAAGAAAUCGGAUUUGAAUUUGAGAAAAAGUUGCCAAGAAGAAAGUUCGAGUCUGAAAAUGUGAGAAGUCCCUCUGGUUUCUAAAACAAUCACAAUUUUUUCAAACAGAUUAUCGAAAUUUUCCAAAAACGGAUAGAAGAAGGGGAUUUGGAUGAAUUUGACAUACCUAUGGAUAUUUCGAUAAUAAGUGCUGAACAUAAUUUGAAAGAAACUGCCAACUCAAUUAUUCUAUCGAUGAUUUAUCCAAAAGCUAUGGAAUUUUUGAUAAAUGGGAAAAUUGAGAUAGAUGGAAAUUCUGAUCUUUAUCAAUAUUUAUUCAAUCGUUCUCGAUCUGGAUUAGAAAUCGAACAUCGAGCUUCAAAUUCUUCAGAGGAAGAUGUUGUGAUAUUUUUGACUAGCGAUGGAAAAUCAGUUCAAAUUCAUCGGUAAGAAAUUAUCAGGUAAUUUGUUCUACAUAUUUUGAAGUUCAGAUAUCUUGUAUUGAUUCAUUCGAGACAUAUCAGUGCAAUGCUUCGAUUUACAUAUACACAAUAUGGAAUUGAAUCCUCUUCAAGUUCAUCUCAAAAAAUCGAAGUAAAAACUUCAAGCACUUCGAAAACUGUUAGAGAUUCGUUGGCAGCACUCAAAGAUAUUCGAACACUUUUCAAUCGAAAUAUGAAUGAGGUAUGAGAAUUUUUGAAUAUAUCUAGAAAGAAAGAAGUUUGCAGCUCAUCGAAAUCUUGUUCUUUUUUGAUUAUUUUAUGAUGUUCGAAGCGGUUCAAGACACAUUAGAUGUUAUAUUUUUGACAGCAAAUCCACAAAACUCUUCAUAUCUUCUUCAAUUAUAUGAAAAUUUCCCAGAAGAUACUUUGGAGCGAUUCCUGAAAUAUCCAUAUUUUCUAUUUCAAACCAAAUGUGAAUUGACAAAUGAACUUGUAUUGGAAUUUUCGAAGAACGCAAAGAAACAUCAAAAAAUUGUGCCGAAUAUGAUAUUAUACAAUUUGGAUGAGCAAUCUUUUAUUGAGCGAUUUAUUGGGAAUGAUGGAGAUGUGGAAAAGAAUAUUGAGAAACGAAGACGAAGAUAUUCAUCGAAAAAUAAUAGUGUCUCGGAAUCACCAAGAUCUGAAAAUCUAAAUGUUGUAACUCCAACAAAAACUGAGCCAAUUCCAAUUGCUAAACCAUCGAGUCCGAUUCCGAUUUAUUCCGAGUCUCCAAGUUUCAGUGAAGAAUUUCCAGAGUCUCCAAGUUGUUGUGAGUUUUUUCUCUCAAAAUUCUGACAAAGCGUUGAAAAAAGCUAAAAAAUUAUCUAUUAGCUCUAUCAACACCUUUGACAAAACAUCGAUCUGGCGGAAGAUUCAGCACAAAAGGUAGCCGAUUCAAAAAAGCUAAUGAAAUAUUAUCAUCUCCCGAGCCGGCAAAUCCUUGGAAAACCACACAGAACAGUUUUGAGCCGGUUGUUGAAGAAGUUCAGAGAUUUGAAGAUGUUGUGAAAGAAGAGGAGAAAUUUACGAAGAUGAGAAGUUUGUUUUUCUCCUACUUUCUUUUAUUUUAAAUUUUUAACCCAAAGAUUUUUCAAAUUUUGCAGAAGGCGAGAUGAAAAAGAUUCGACAUUUACCACAUAUCGAAAUGGAAGAUCAAGCGGUUGUUGAAAUUCUGAGAACAUUCCAAAUGCAAUGUGAAUUGGAGGCUUGCGUUACGGUAGAUUUUCUAAAUUUAAUUAAAGAAAAUAAAAUUAAUUGAAUUUCAGGUUGAAUUGGUUAGCGAUUUUGAAGAAAAUGUGGAAAAUGAACCAAUGUGGGGAAUUAUGCCGGGAUUAUUGAAGAGAUAA